AUGCCUUCCUUUUUCGGUUUCAAAUGCUUGUCAAUGAUGAGCAUCUUCAAACGCAAACGACGUCAACCAUCCGAUAAACCUCGUCGAUCUGCAUCCAUUGCCACCACCAGCCGAUCCAGUAUUUAUUCACAGCCUCAUCGUCCUCGACCUUCCACAGCUAUGACCAUCGAUCCCAAAACACCUGAUGCUUAUGACCACGAUAUUGCAACCAAAUUUGGUGACAACGUUAUGAUUAAUGAUCUGGAACUGCUCUUGUCCAUGGAAACCCAAGCUCGAAUGGAUGCCCUUGAAGAACGCGAAGAACAACUCCAACGCAGGACAACCACUCUCAAAUUUGAAUUGCCACCCACACCACGUACAAUCAUGAUUGAUGAUACCCCAUCCAUACCCAAACGCCCUAAUAGCGCUCCUGUCGUCGAUUCAUCUACUCCUUCUACAAAGGGCUGGAGACGCAAAAUAUGGAUUCCAUCAACAACGACAACAACAGCAUCACCCGUAAAACGUAGCAACAGCGUGGCAACGAGUACACUAUCAUCCAGACAUGGCGGCGAGUUAACCAACAACAGCACCACCAAUAGUACAGCAUCGAGUUUAUGUUCAAAAGAAGAGGCAGAAGAUAAGACUUGCAUAUCCCAAACACUGGACUUGGGCACCAGAGUGCGGUUGCUACGACGACCUUUACCUACUUAUGGUCAUGUUCGAUUCAUUGGCACUGUUGAUUUUGCACCUGGUGAAGAGUGGAUCGGCGUUGAGCUUGAUAGCCGAGUGGGAAAGAAUGAUGGUUCAGUCAAAGGAAAACGCUAUUUUCAGACCGAUCGGGAUCGAGGUCUCUUUGUUCUUCGUGAGGAUUUGGCAGUUGUUGAAGCAUAA